CCACUACGCGCCCGGCUCCAAGCAAGGGGUCGGGCAGGUCAGGGCGGCCCACGGCAAGUGUCCUAUAGAACGACCAGGACACAGGGGGCACUCCCUCGACACCUCGUUCCACCCCCAGACGGGGAAGCGGGGGCCCAGGAAGUGGAGGGGACUUGCCCCCAGCCCGUGAUGCGGGUGGCAGCCGCGAUCCCGACCCCCACCCGAGCCCCGGCUUAGCGCCCCCUGGCGGGCUGAGGGCUUCGGGAGGCGAGUGCACCCCGACCCGCAGGCUCAGGCGGAGAGUGACCCCACGGCCCGCGCGGCUCUCCCGGGCGCUCGUACAAAGGACAGGAACAGUGCGUCAGGACCCAGAGGCUCGGGCCAGGCGCUGCCUCCCCCCGCGACGAGCUUGGGCGGCGGAGGGAGAGCCUUGGGACAGCCGGAGCUACACCGAAAGAGCCGGGCGGGGCUGGAGGCCUUGGGUCCCCGUCCGCUGUGCGACCUAGGCCGCUCCUCCUCUCCCUAGAAGACCAGGCUGGGCACAGAUCCCCCGCUGCGCCCUUGUUCUGGCCGCUAGCUAAGGGGUUCUGCGGAGGAAAAGAACCGUGAGAUCCAGGCUUCUCCUCGCCUUCCUGCGGCAUUCGGGACCAGCAGCGGCAGUGCAGGCGAGGACUUCAGCGCGGCUCCUCCUGGGUGUGACCCCGGGCGCGCCCGCUGCGCGACGAUGAGGGCGCGGCCGCAGGUCUGCGAGGCGCUGCUCUUCGCCCUGGCGCUCCAGACCGGCGUAUGCUAUGGCAUCAAGUGGCUGGCACUGUCCAAGACACCAGCAGCCCUGGCACUGAACCAGACGCAACACUGCAAGCAGCUGGAGGGCCUGGUGUCUGCACAGGUGCAGCUGUGCCGCAGCAACCUGGAGCUCAUGCACACGGUGGUGCACGCUGCCCGUGAGGUCAUGAAGGCCUGUCGCCGGGCCUUCGCCGACAUGCGCUGGAACUGCUCCUCCAUCGAGCUCGCCCCCAACUAUUUGCUUGACCUGGAGAGAGGGACCCGGGAGUCGGCCUUCGUGUAUGCGCUGUCGGCCGCCGCCAUCAGCCACGCCAUCGCCCGGGCCUGCACCUCCGGCGACCUGCCGGGCUGCUCCUGCGGCCCCGUCCCAGGUGAGCCACCCGGGCCCGGGAACCGCUGGGGAGGAUGUGCGGACAACCUCAGCUACGGGCUCCUCAUGGGGGCCAAGUUUUCCGAUGCUCCUAUGAAGGUGAAAAAAACAGGAUCCCAAGCCAAUAAACUGAUGCGUCUACACAACAGUGAAGUGGGGAGACAGGCUCUGCGCGCCUCUCUGGAAAUGAAGUGUAAGUGCCAUGGGGUGUCUGGCUCCUGCUCCAUCCGCACCUGCUGGAAGGGGCUGCAGGAGCUACGAGAUGUGGCUGCUGACCUCAAGACCCGAUACCUGUCGGCCACCAAGGUAGUGCACCGACCCAUGGGCACCCGCAAGCACCUGGUGCCCAAAGACCUGGAUAUCCGGCCUGUGAAGGACUCAGAACUCGUCUAUCUGCAGAGCUCACCUGACUUCUGCAUGAAGAAUGAGAAGGUGGGCUCCCACGGAACACAAGACAGGCAGUGCAACAAGACAUCCAAUGGAAGUGACAGCUGCGAUCUUAUGUGCUGCGGGCGUGGCUACAACCCCUACACAGACCGCGUGGUCGAGCGGUGCCACUGUAAGUACCACUGGUGCUGCUACGUCACCUGCCGCAGGUGUGAGCGUACCGUGGAGCGCUAUGUCUGCAAGUGAGGCCCUGCCCUCCGCCCCAUGCAGGAGCGAGGACUCUGCUCAAGGACCCUCAGCAACUGGGGCCAGGGGUCUGGAGACACUCCAUGGAUUCUGCUUGUGAAUUCCAGAUGCCAGGCAUGGGAGGCGGCUUGUGCUUUGCCUUCACUUGGAAGCCACCAGGAACAGAAGGUCUGGCCACCCUGGAAGGAGGGCCGGGACAUCAAAGGAAACCGACAAGAUUAAAAAUAACUUGGCAGCCUGAGGUCCUGGAGUGCCCAUGGGCUGGUCUAAGGAGCGGGGCUUGGGAUUGGUGAGACUGAUACAGACGUGACCUUUCAGGGCCACAGAGACCAGCCUCCGGGAACGGGUCUGCCCGCCUUCUUCAGAAUGUUCUGCGGGACCCCCUGGCCCACCCUGGGGUCGGAGCCUGCUGGGCCAACCACAUGGAACCACUAGCUUGGGUUGUAAAUGUUUUCCUUUGUUUUUUUGAUUUUUCUUCCUUUGGGAUGUGGAAGCUACAGAAAUAUUUAUAAAACAUAGCUUUUUCUUUGGGGUAGCACUUCUCAAUUCCUCUUUAUAUAUUUUAUAUAUAUAAAUAUAUAUGUGUGUAUAUAUAUAUAUAAUGAUCUCUAUUUUAAAACAAGCUUUCUAAGCAGCUGUACGAAAUAAAUGCUGAGUGAGCCCCAGCCCGCCCCUGCA